GGCUGUGCCGAGCUGCCCACGGAGUUUAUAAAAGCACUACGCCAAGGCCCGUCCCGCUGUCCGUCUGUCCGGCCGGCCGUCCCUCCGUCCGAGCAGCGGCCGGGGCGAAGAUGUUGCGGUUGUUGGGGCGCGCCGCGCGGUGCUGGGGGGCGAGGUGGGGGCCGGAGCGGGCACCCCGGGGCACCCAGCGCCCCCCGGGCUGGCACACGGCAUGCCUCUCCAGCGCUGCCGGGACAGGCGCCUGGCCCAAGGACGUGGGCAUCCUGGCCCUGGAGGUGUACUUCCCUGCCCAGUACGUGGAUCAGGAGGAGCUGGAGCGGUUUGACGGCGUGGAGGCCGGCAAGUACACGCGGGGCCUGGGCCAGAAGCAGAUGGGUUUCUGUGCCGCCCACGAGGACAUCAACUCGCUGUGCCUGACCGUGGUGCAGCGGCUGGUGGAGCGCGGGCGCCUCUCCUGGGACUCCAUCGGCCGCCUGGAGGUGGGCACCGAGACCGUCAUCGACAAAUCCAAGGCCGUCAAGACCGUCCUCAUGCAGCUCUUCCACGACUCUGGCAACACCGACGUGGAGGGGAUCGACACCACCAACGCCUGCUACGGGGGCACGGCCUCGCUCUUCAACGCGGCCGCCUGGGUGGAGUCCAGUGCCUGGGAUGGCCGGUAUGCCGUGGUGGUGUGUGGGGACAUCGCUGUCUACGCCACGGGCAACGCGCGGCCCACGGGGGGCGCCGGCGCCAUCGCCAUGCUGGUGGGACCCAACGCCCCGCUGGUGCUGGAGAGAGGCCUGCGUGGCACCCACAUGGAGCACGCCUACGACUUCUACAAGCCCAACCUGUCCUCUGAGUACCCGGUGGUGGACGGGCAGCUCUCCAUCCAGUGCUACCUGCGGGCUCUGGACCGCUGCUACGCCGUGUACCGGCGCAAGGCAGAGACCCAGUGGCAGCAGGCUGGCAUCCAGAGGCCCUUCACCCUCGAUGACUUCAAGUACAUCAUCUUCCACUCGCCCUUCUGCAAGCUGGUGCAGAAAUCGGUGGGGCGGCUGCUGCUGAACGACUUCUUGGCCGCCCCCAACCCCGACACAGCCUCCGGCCUCUACAAGGGGCUGCAGUCCUUCAGAGGUGUGAAGCUGGAGGACACUUACACCAGCAAGGAGGUGGAGAAGGCAUUCCAGGCAGCCAGCCAGGAUAUCUUCAACCAGAAGACCAAGCCCUCCCUGCUCCUCUCUUCCCGCAACGGCAACAUGUACACACCAUCCAUGUAUGGCUGCCUGGCCUCCCUCCUGUCUCAGUGCUCAGCACGGGACCUGGCCGGCUCCCGGAUCGGCGCCUUCUCCUACGGCUCGGGACUGGCCGCCAGCAUGUUCUCCCUCCGCGUCUCGCAGGAUGCGUCCCCAGGCUCACCCCUGGACAAGCUGGUGUCCAGCCUGGCUGACCUGCCCGCCCGCCUGGACGCCCGCAAGCGCGUGGCCCCGCAGGACUUCGCCGAGAUCAUGAAGCGGCGGGAGGAAACCCAUCACUUGGCCGACCACGCUCCCCACGGCUCCCAGGCGGAUCUGUUCCCCGGAACGUGGUACCUGACGCGGGUGGAUUCCAAGUACCGCCGCGAAUACGCCAGGAAGCCCAUCUAGGGUGGGAUCACCGGCGUGGUGAGCCCUGGGGAGGAGGAUGCUCCCUUUCCUGCUGUCAUCUCUGUGUUCCCCACAUCCGGGGCUGGCCUGUGCGGGAGAGUUCCCGUUGUGUGGGUGGGGAGUGGCCAGCGGUGGCUCCGAGCUGUUGGAGGCGCGAACACCCGGGCAGUGCAGGGGAAUAAAGGUGCGAUGGGAGGGGGCAGCCGCCCGGCUCUG